UGUGGCGGGAUCAUCGUGGAGGUCAACAUCACCGACUUGUCGACCGUCAUCAGCUUCAGUGAUUAUUAUGAUGGAGCAGCUCCGGCCCUGCUGCUCAACCACACGCCAUGGGUGACCAUCAGCUACAGCCAGAGCGGCUCGACAACGAUGCACCAGCUAAAACCCGGCGAGGCUCGGCGGUUUGCGUGGGAUGACCCGGCAGGCGUGCGAACGCUCAGCUGGAGCUGCAUGGAGCAUAAUGGAGAGCUGGACCUGCUGAAG